UUUGGAAUUUCUUGAAAGCAGAAAACUCUCCCCUUUUCUGCAUCCGUAGAGUUCUUCUCAAGCUUGAGUUUGUUUGUAGAGACAGAGAGAGAGAGAGAGAGAAAGGAAGAUGGGUUCAUACGGAAUGCUAUCGAUGAGGGCUAUAUCGACCAAUCCACCGGUCAUGGUUCAGAUACAGGAAGUGAUCAGAGGUGCUAAGGAUGCUGUUUCUCUAGCUCAGGGUGUAGUGUUUUGGCAACCGCCAAAAGAAGCAUUAGAUAAGGUAAAAGAACUGGUUUGGGAGCCUUCGAUUAGUUGCUAUGGUGCAGAUGAAGGGUUACCUGAGCUGAGGGAAGCAUUAAUCACCAAGCUGAGGCGAGAAAAUAAUUUGCACAACUCCUCUGUAAUGGUUACUGCAGGUGCAAAUCAGGCUUUUGUGAACAUAGUUCUUACAUUAUGCGAUGCCGGAGAUUCUGUGGUCAUGUUUGCUCCCUACUAUUUCAAUGCGUAUAUGUCGUUUCAAAUGACCGGUGUUACUAACAUCAUUGUUGGCCCUGGUGAUCCCAAGACACUUUACCCUGAUGCAGAGUGGUUAAGAAAGACUUUAAAGGAAACUAAGCCGACGCCAAAGCUAGUUACAGUUGUGAAUCCUGGCAAUCCAUCUGGAACCUACAUUCCUGACCCUCUUCUAAGGAAUAUCGCUGAUAUCUGCAAAGAUGCUGGAUGCUGGCUUGUCGUGGACAAUACAUACGAGUACUUCAUGUAUGACGGUCUGAAACACACCUGUGUGGAGGGAAAUCAUAUCGUCAAUAUUUUCUCAUUCUCUAAAGCUUAUGGAAUGAUGGGUUGGCGAGUUGGAUAUAUAGCCUACCCGUCGGAAGUAGGUGGUUUUGGAGAACAACUUUUAAAAAUCCAAGACAGCAUCCCAAUUUGUGCUGCUAUAAUCUCACAACGACUGGCCCUUUUCGCGUUGGAGAUGGGACCUGGAUGGGUAACUGAUCAGGUAAAGACCCUGGUCAGAAACCGGGAGAUUGUUCUUAAAGCAUUGUCUCCGUUGGGUGAUGAUGCUGUAAGAGGUGGAGAAGGUGCUAUUUACCUAUGGGCAAAGCUUCCAGACAGCAAAGUUGAUGAUUUUGAGGUGGUUCGUUGGCUGGCGAGGAAACAUGGGGUGGUGGUUAUCCCAGGAAGUGCAUGCGGAUGCCCUGGACAUGUUAGGAUAUCGUUUGGAGGAUUAGUAGAGGAAGAAACUGUCAUUGCUGCUGCUCGGCUCAGAAAAGGGCUCGAAGAACUGGUAAAGUCCGGAAUAGUAGACUAGAAUUGAUCAUCCCAUUGAAAACAUUUCAAGAAUUGCUUAAAUGUUUCAUGUCAUCAAUACAAAUUACAAACCUUAUGUUAUA